AGACAUAAAAUGACAGGUUAACUUCAUAAUCAAGUAAUUCCUAGUAACAUUUUUGUUUGUUCCACAUUCAGAGAAAAUUAAUAAAAUUGCAAACCAAAAAUGAGUGUUAAGUGCUAAAUAGUUGCCUUUGAAUAUAAGAAAUGGAAAAUAAUAUGGAAGACAUUGACCAAAUAGUGAAUUCAACGGAAAAUGAAUUGGUUUAUAUAAAACAGGAGAACAGUGAUUAUCUUGAAUUGGAAAUGGAUCAAAUUAGUUUUAAGGAAGAAAUCAGUAUUUUUAACGAAAAUAUGGAACAAGAUUUUGAUGAGAAAACAAUACCACAUCUAUCAAGUGCUUCAAAUGAAAAUAUGGAUAGUUUGAAGAAAGAUUUGGAUGAAAAACCAUUCCCACAUAUAAGUGCUUUAAUCGAUAAUAAACAUAAUAUUAUACAAGAGGAAAAUGAUUAUUUAAAUAGUGAUUUUAUGAUUGAUUAUAAUGUUCAGGACAAAACAGAUUGUAAUUACUCAGAUAAACAGUAUGAAAGGAAUGAAAACAAAUGGAAAUAUCCUUCGGGUAAAUAUAGGAGGGCAAUUAAAUUGAGAGGAAAAUUAUUCGAUGGAAAAUAUAUAAAUAAACAUAAUCAGUUUAAUGGUAUAUUCAUCUGUCAAGUAUGUGGAAAAAUGUGUGUGAAAAUGAAAGAAUAUCUUCUACAUACUUCAACAGAACAUUUUUUUAAACAAAAAAAGAAAAACGUUGAUAAAACGCAAUUAAUAUCGACUGUUUCGAUUAAAAAAGAAAUCGAUUUUGAUAAUACCCCAUUCAAAUGUAAUAUUUGCUCUAAAACUUUCGAACAACCAAAUAAUUUGAGUAUACACUUGCGUCAACACACUGAGAAAAAUUCUUUUAAAUGUGAAAUUUGUUCUAAAUAUUUCCCAACUAAAUCUAAUCUGAAAAAGCAUAAACGCAGUCACACAAUUGAUAAACCGUAUAAAUGCGAUGUCUGUUCGAAAUUAUUCGCCUAUAAAUAUUUAUUGACUUAUCAUUUGCGUCAACAUACGGGGGAAAAACCAUUUAAAUGCGAUAAAUGUACAAAAUCCUUCCCUUCCAAUAACACUUUACAAAAACACCAAAAAUGUCACACGGACGAAAGACCACAUAAAUGCGACGUUUGUUCGAAAGCUUUCAAAACAAAAUAUUGCUUGGACAUUCAUUUGCUUCGCCAUACGGGAGAAAAACCGUUAAAAUGCGACAUUUGUUUGAAACCGUUCGUCUGUAAAAGCGAAUUGAAGUGGCACACUCGCAUUCAUACGGGAAAAGGUUUGUUCAAAUGUGAAAUUUGUUCGAAAUCCUACGCACAUAAAGUUUCUUUGAUCUACCAUGUACGUAAACACACGGGGGAGAGACCGUUUAAAUGCGACAUCUGUUCGAAAUCCUUCCCUUCCAAUAGCACCUUACAAAAACAUAAGAAAUGUCACACGGACGAAAGACCGUUCGAAUGUGACGUUUGUUCGAAAAAAUUCAAAACAAAAUCUUGCUUGGACGCACAUUCGCUGAUCCACACCGGCGACAAACCGUUCAGAUGCGAAAUUUGUUCGAAAUCUUUCCAACGAAAAUGCAAUUUAACCUCACACGCCCACGUCCAUACACGAAAAAAACCAAAUUACCCCCUCUAUCGACACGUAAAAGAAAAACCUUUCGAAUGUGAUAUUUGUUCGAAAUCUUUCCAACGAAUAAGCCAUUUAACUCUACAUACUCGCGUCCAUACACGAAAUAAACUUUUCGAUUGUCCCUCGUACCGAAGAAAUGGCGAUUCGUCGGCGCACUCUCGUAUCCACGCCGAAGAAAAACCCUUCGAAUGCGAAAUUUGUUCGAAAUCGUAUUUUUGCAAAAGCAAGCUGAAAUCGCAUAUGUGUGUCCAUACGGGGGUGGGUUUGUUCAAAUGCGAAAUCUGCUUAAAAUCCUACGCACACAAAGAUUCGUUGAUGUAUCAUUUACGAACACAUACGGGGGAAAAACCGUUUAAAUGUAACAUUUGUUCGAAAGCCUUCCCUUCGAAAAGCACUUUACAAAAACAUAAGACGUGUCACACGGACGAAAGACCGUUCGAAUGUGACGUUUGUUCGAAAACGUUCAAGUUAAAAUCGUCCCUCAACUCCCAUUCGCGGAUCCACACCGGCGAAAAACCGUUCGAAUGUGAAAUUUGUGCGAAAUCUUUCCAACGAAAAAGCAAUUUAAACUUACACACUCGCGUCCACACCAAGAAGAAACUUUCCAAUCACCACUUGUAUCCGAACAUAAUAGGAAAACAUUUCAAAUGUGAAAUUUGUUCGAAAUCGUUCCGACAAAAAAGCGAUCUAACCUCACAUUCUUGUCUCCAUACCGAUGAAAAACCUUUCGAAUGCCAUAUAUGUUCAGUAUCUUUUUCCCAUAAAGGUAAUUUAACUUCCCAUAUGCGUCUCCAUGCGAGGGGAAAUUUGUUCGAUUGUUUUAGCGUGACGUCAUAUAGAUUCGAGACCUUCAAGUUGUAAGGUGCUCAAGAAAUAUGCGUCCCCGCGAAAAUCUUUUUAUAUUUCGAACUAAAUCGAUAUAUUUUCCUCAUAAAUUCAUCGAGGGCGAGAUCUUUUCACUCCUUCCUAUAUAUCAUGGUCUCCUUCGAACGAUUUUGUUAGACAACGCCGAACAUCUUCAUCACCCCGUAUAAUAUGUGAGGUGUGUGCCGUUUAUCCCACUCGAAUCCAAUCACCGCAAAAAUUUCCAUGCUAACCACCUGUUUCUGACGUAUAUAGUUUUUUCGAUAAAGUCUGUAUCAUAUAUUACAUAUACCCCCUGUAUAAUAUGUUAUAAGUGAAGUUGCAGGCGGAACAGCUGUCGUGUUGGGGCGUCCCAUGCUGACGAAAUAUUAAAUUUUCAGACCCUUCCUUGUAUAUGAACCUACUCACUUUUAUAACAAUCAGAAUUCGAAUCAUUUUUUCUCAGUGUACCUUCAAUUUUGUUAUAAAUUUGAUAGAUUUUUAAUUGUAUGACUAAUUGUUUGUUGAAAUUUUGAAUUUUCAUCCAUUUCAAAUGAUGUAAAUUAUAUUUAUGGUACAUAAUUAUCUUUUUAUUUUCAAAAAACAAUAAAGUCGAUUGAUAUUUUGUGA